AUGGCAUCAAUUGCUUCUUUCAAUAUCUACAAGAGCGCGCUGCUCCUCGCCGCCUUCCUUGGGGUGACUCAGGCCCAGCAAGUUGGCACGAACACUGCUGAGGUGCAUCCGUCCUUGACAUGGCAAAAGUGCACCAGCGGGGGCAGUUGCACCUCGCAAUCCGGCAAGGUUGUCAUUGACUCCAACUGGCGUUGGGUCCACUCCACCAAAAGCAGCACCAAUUGCUAUACCGGUAACACCUGGGAUGCUUCUCUGUGUCCUGACGACGUGACAUGUGCCAGCAACUGCGCUCUUGAAGGCGCUGACUACCCGGGCACCUACGGUGUCACAGCCAGUGGUGGCUCGCUGCGUCUGAACUUUGUCACCCAUGCAUACCAGAAGAACAUCGGUUCACGUCUCUACUUGAUGCAGGAUGAUAGCAAGUACGAAAUGUUCAAGCUGCUCAACCAGGAGUUCACCUUUGACGUCGAUGUCUCGAAGCUACCCUGUGGUUUGAACGGUGCUCUCUACUUCGUCAACAUGGACGCCGACGGUGGCAUGGCCAAAUACCCCGCCAACAAGGCCGGUGCCAAGUACGGUACUGGUUACUGCGACGCACAAUGCCCGCGUGAUUUGAAAUUCAUCAACGGCCAAGCUAACGUUGAAGGAUGGGUCCCAUCUUCCAACGACGUCAACGCCGGAACUGGCAACCACGGCUCUUGCUGCGCGGAGAUGGAUAUCUGGGAGGCCAAUUCCAUUUCCACUGCGUUCACUCCACACCCCUGUGAUGACCCAGCCCAGACCAUGUGCACGGGAGACUCAUGUGGCGGCACUUACAGCGAUGACCGCUAUGGCGGUACUUGUGAUCCUGAUGGAUGUGACUUCAACCCGUACCGCCAGGGUAACCAGUCCUUCUACGGCGAGGGCAAGAUUGUCGACACCAAGAGUCCAUUCACUGUCGUCACUCAAUUCAUCACCAACGACGGUACCGCCACUGGCACUCUCUCCGAGAUCAAGCGCUUCUACGUCCAGAAUGGCAACGUCAUCCCCAACUCGGUCUCCACCAUCACUAAUGUGCCCGGUAACUCCGUGACCGACAAGUUCUGCGACGCCCAGAAGGUCGCCUUCAACGACCCCGAUGUGUUCAGCAAGCACGGUGGUAUGGCCGGUAUGGGCGCCGGUAUGGCCGAAGGCAUGGUUCUCGUGAUGAGUCUCUGGGAUGACCACGCUGCCAACAUGCUCUGGCUGGACAGCACCUACCCCACCACUGCCAGCUCCACUACCCCCGGUGCUGCCCGUGGUAGCUGUGACAUCUCCUCCGGCGACCCCAUCGAAGUCGAGGCUAACCACCCCGACGCAUAUGUCGUUUACUCCAACAUCAAGGUUGGCCCACUCGGCUCCACUUACAACUCUGCUGGCUCUGGCUCUGGCUCUGGCUCCGGAACUACCACUACUGCGGCUACGACCACCAAGGCCACAACCACCACCACCGCUGGUUCCGGGUCCACCACUGGCGCGGCUCAAUUCGCCCAGUGUGGUGGAUCUAGCUGGACCGGUCCUACCACGUGUGUCAGCCCAUACACUUGCCAGAAGCAGAACGACUUCUACUCCCAGUGCCUGUAA